UCUACAGACACAAACAUUAAAUCAUGAGACUUUUUUUUUGUUGUUUGAAACUUGAAAAAAACUUUUUGAAAAAUCAAUCGAACAAAAUACAAAUAACAACACAAAUAAAUAAUCGACCUUCACCGACGAUUAUGUUUUACAUAUACAUGUAUACGACAUUGUUGCAAUAAUGAUAAUGAUGAUGAUGAUGACAGAAAUCAAAAUGAAUACAUCAUAAUCGUUAUAUUAUGGCCACACCCUAUAUGUGAUUCAAACAUGUUUGUUUUUUGAGCAUAAUUUUUUUUAUUGAUUAAUGAUUAAUUCACGCACAAUAGUAAACAAUAAUAAAUUCAAUAUAUAUAAAAAUGAUCUGGUUUUUAAUAAGUUUAAUUACAAUUACUUCAACUGUAUUCUAUCUAUAUGUACAACAUAAACAACGUUUAUGGCAACGAUUAGGAAUACCUGGACCGAAACCAAUAUUUUUACUUGGUACGGAUCAUGAAUUAGGAAGACAAUCAUGGCCAAAAUUAACAUUGGAACGUUAUCGACAAUAUGGAAAAAUAUUUGGAUCAUUUCAAUUGCUCACACCGAUAUUAACUAUUCAUGAACCAGAGUUGAUUCAACAAGUAUUUAUAAAAGAUUUUCGUAAUUAUGCAAAUCGUAUGGAAUUACGUACCUAUCAUAAAUAUUUCAAUGAAAAUCUAUUCUUUACCGAUAUUGAUAAAUGGAAACGUAUGCGUGCAAUAAUAAGUCCAUCGUUUACUACUGGCAAAAUUCGUUCAACCAUACCAAUGAUGAAUCAAUGUAUUGAUCAAUUAUUCGAGCAUUUUGAACGAAACAUUCAACAAUCAAAUGGUCAUCUCAAUGUACGUAAAUUUAUUAUGGGUCUUACGAUGGAUGUAAUUGCUGCCACUGGUUUUAGUACGGCAAUCAAUUCAAAUGAUUCGACAAAUGUUCAAGAUUCGUUUGUCGAAAUGGGUAUGGCAUUAUUUCGACAAAAUAUUUUUCAAACAAUUCUUGCAAUUACACUACCAAAAUUUUUACUUCGAUUAUUACGAAUUCGUUUAUUUUUCAAUGAAAAACCAUACAAUUAUUUUUGUAAUCUUGUAAUACGUUUGAUACAACAACGAAAACAUGAUAAUGAUCAAAAAUCAGCCGAUAUAUUACAGCUGAUACUUGAUGCUGAAGUUGACGACGAUGUCAUCAAUGAUGAUAAUCUUGAUAAUCUUAUUAUCACGAUGAACAAUGAAAGUAACCAGCAGUCGAUAAUAAAUGAAAAUAAGGAAAAAACAAAAAAUUUACGUUCUACUUUGGCGAAAGGAAAAUUGACUGAAACUGAAGUGAUUGCCAAUAGUGUUCUAUUAUUGAUUGCUGGUUUCGAAACAACGUCAUCGAUUAUAGUCCAUUGUCUUUUUGAAAUGGCAUGGAAUCCAACCAUUCAACAACGUUGCUAUGAAGAAUUACAAGCCAAACUCGAUGGAUUAGAUUAUAAUUCACAUGAAUAUUUUGAUAUAAUCAUGCACAAAUUACCAUAUUUUGAAUCAAUCAUAAAGGAAACGUUACGAAAAUAUCCUCCAUGCUCAAUAAUUCCAAGAUCAGUAUCGGUAGAUCAUUGUCAAUUGAAUGGUAUUCCAUUACAAAAAAAUACGAUUAUUCAUUUACCAACACAUGCCGUACAUCAUUGUGAAGAUUAUUAUCCAGAACCGGAAAAAUUUCUACCUGAACGUUUUAUGCCAGAAAAUCGUCAUAAUCUUGUACCAUAUACUUAUUUUCCAUUUGGUCUUGGCCCUAGAAAUUGUGUUGGCAUGCGUUUCGCUUAUCAAGAAUUACAUUAUUGUCUAUCACGUUUGUUAUUGAAUUAUCAUUUCGAAACAUUACCUGAAACACCAUCAAUGUUAACAUUCGUAAAAGGAACGCCAAUAAUGCAAUCAUUACCAUUUGAUUUGAGAAUAACUAAACGUUGUUGAAUCGGCCAAUAAUAAAAUGCAGGAUUUGGAAAAGAUAUAAAAAUAAAAAACGCUACCCAAAUGUAUGAUUUAUUUAAUCUAGAAUAUCUUGUUCUGGCUCGAACAAACAUUUAUGGUCAACAUUCCAAUCAUACGUGGCAUUGUAGUCGUUAAAAUCGAUAAAAACCAGCCAAUAUAUGUGUGUGUGUGUCAAGAUUCCACAAAAAAGAUACAAUUUCAUCAGCUGCAAUUUAUUCAUUCAUUUAUAUAUCAUUGAGAUAAAUGUCAUAUUUUAUCCACAAUGAAUAAUUUGUAAUUAUUAUAAUUAUUGUGGACAAAAUAAAAGCCUCUCUUUUUUUGUACAA